GCCAUCUAUCUUUUCGUCUUGGCAACUACACUUUCCCUACUUUUACUCAUCUUCAGCAGUCUUAAGUCUUAAUCAACAAGUAAUUCUUAUAAGUUUAAAUUAUUAAAACCUUUGCCUAAUAUACCCAACCCCAUAAACACCCCUUAGGGUAUUCAAAUAAGAACCGUUGCCUCUCUCUAUGUUUUGCCAAAAAGCUCUCUCCUGAUCUCUGAAAAUAGAACAAAUAUAUAGACUAGACGAGAAAAACUCACUCAGUAGGCAGCUGCUUUUAGAAUGGAUCUGUUGUUCCUCAGCCGGCGAAUAUUUUUGGGCGAAGAUAGCCAAAACUCACUGAUCCAUGGAGGGAUUAUUGUGGACACCGAGGGUAUCAUCCGAAAGGUAUUACGUUCCCCGCAAGAGGUCAAUACUUAUCUGUACAAUACAGAAUCUGAAUCGGUUUAUGAUUUCGGUGACCUGGUACUGAUGCCGGGUCUUAUCGAUCCCAAUGUCCAUAUCAAUGAACCGGGACGAAAGGAUUGGGAAGGAUUUGUGACGGCCACCAAGGCGGCGGCAGCUGGUGGCUACACUGCCAUCAUUGACCGACCCACCAAUGCCACGCCACCCACUGUCAGUGUGGCGGGUCUUAAGGCCAAGACAUCAACGGCAAGGGGCAAGAUCUAUGUGGAUGUGGGUUUCUGGGGUGGUCUUGUACCCGGAAAUGGAGAUCAACUGGCUCCCCUGCUAAAUGCCGGCGUCAUGGGUCUGCAGUGUACAUUAUACGGUUCAGCGUCACCUGUCUCCGAGGAAUUUCCUGCCGUAAAUGAAGCUCAACUUGAGGAGGCUCUUAGUCGCUUGGAUAAGGAUCAGGAUGAAGGCGAAGCUGUGAUAGCUGUUCAUGCUGAGCUGCCGCCAUCCAUCGAAAUCCAUCCCAACGAGGAGGCGCCCCGUGAAUAUGGCACUUUUCUGGCCACCCGACCACCUGACAUGGAGAUAUCAGCAACGCAGAUGCUCUGCCGUCUGGCAUGUCGUCACCCGCGGCGUUGCAUCCACAUUCAGAAUGCAAGCAGCGGUGAUUGUCUGCCGUUGGUUGAGGAGUGCCGCCGGCAGGGCGGAAAUCUCACGUUGGACACCUGUCCGCAUUAUUUGGCCCUGGCUGCCGAGGAUGUGCCCGAGUGUGGAACGGAGUUUAAGACAUGGCCACCGAUACGUGAGCGUCGGAAUCAGGAGAAACUAUGGAAGGAGGCUCUUAAAUUGGGCGGAGCUAUACGAAUGAUUGGCAGCGAUCACUCGCCGGCUACGCCAGGCGCACGCGCCCUAACAUGCGGCAGGGGGCGUGGUAAUUUCCUUAAGGCCUGGCCAGGCAUUAAUUCAUUGCAGCUUAGCCUGCCCGUUGUCUGGACGGCAGCCAAUCAGCGGGGAUUCCCAUUGACCAUUGCCGACAUCCAUCGGCUGAUGUGCCAGGAACCGGCAAGACUGUGUGGCCUGUCCGCCUCGAAGGGUCGCAUUGCCGAGGGCUAUGAUGCUGACUUUUGUGUUUGGAGUCCCGAGGAGGAGUUCACUGUGGGUCCGGAGCUACUUUACACGGCAACGAAGGCAACGCCGUAUACGGGUCAAAGGUUAAGGGGCGUGGUGCAUGCGACGGUAGUGCGGGGACUGCAUGUCUAUCAGCAGUUCGAGGGCUUCGGCCAGCCCUUAGGCAAGGUGCUACUCCGACGGAGCGGCCGCAAGCUGGUCAAGUUCGUGAGCAUGUGAUGGGUGAGAAUGGUUAAUGGGAAUGGGAAUGAUGGUAGUGAAGUUCUGGAAUCUAGGGUAAACUUUGUUAAUUAAAAUCAUUAAGAGAUUGGGC